UAGUGUUAGUCGUUAGUUGAAAAGUGAGCGGGAUUAUUCUCCCGGUCAAAACCACAACUCACACCACAUUUUCUCCGGUCCACCUUCAACAGUCAAUGUUCUUCCCCCCUUAUCCUUCCUUUCCACCACCACCACACCAUCAAUCAAACACCCCAAUUUCCGAUGAACACAAACCCUACCUCACCGCAUCCUUCCAGAUGCACCUUCACUCUCCCAACACUCAUCACCUUCACCUUCACCUUCACCCUCCUCCUUCUCACUCCGCCACCCCCCGCCGCCGCCGAGGACGACGUCAACUGCCUCCGCGGCCUCCUCCGCUCCCUCCACGAUCCAGAUCACACUCUCUCCUCCUGGAACUUCAACAACAACACCGCCGGCUUCAUCUGCCAGUUCGAUUACGUCGGAUGCUGGAACGAUCAGGAGAAUCGCGUCAUUUCGUUAAAACCGGCUGACCUAGGGCUUGCCGGAACGUUUCCCUCGGAUAUACGGUUUUGUAAGAAUUUGCAAACUCUAGAUCUGUCUGGUAAUAAUAUUACGGGUGAAAUUCCUAGUGAAUUAUGCACGUGGUUGCCUUAUUUAGUUGAUAUAAAUCUGUCUGGUAACCGUUUCACCGGUCAAAUUCCGUCAGGUUUUGGUGAUUGUGCGUUUUUGAAUAGUGCUGAUUUGUCAAAUAAUCGAUUAUCCGGUAAUAUACCGGUUCAGCUGUCGAACUUGACUAGGUUGAAAAGAUUUUCGGUUGAGAAUAAUGAUCUAUCCGGUCCGAUUCCAUCAAGCCUGUCGAAUUAUGAUUCGUCGAGUUUUGAUGGAAACAAAGGACUUUGUGGUAAGCCGGUUGGCAGCUGUGGUGGUUUGAGUAAAAGGAAUUUGACGAUUAUUAUCGCAGCAGGUGUGUUUGGGGCUGCGGCUUCGGUGUUGAUAGGGUUCGGGGUGUGGUGGUGGUGCGUAAGUAGGUCGAAGAGGAAGAGGAGUGGGAUUGUGGGAGGAGAUGAUAGUAGUAGCUGGACCGAUAGGUUGAGGUCUCAUAAGCUUGUUCAGGUGUCGUUGUUUCAGAAACCGCUUGUGAAGGUUAGGCUAGUGGAUUUGAUGAUUGCUACGAAUAAUUUCAGUGAAGAGAGUGUCAUUGUUUCAACACAGACAGGGACGAUGUUUAAAGCUGUUCUUAGGGAUGGUUCUGCUCUUGCGGUUAAGAGGCUUAACGCGUGUAGUCUUCACGAGAGGGUGUUUCAGGCUGAGAUGAAUGCGUUGGGUCAGAUUAGACAUCCUAAUCUGACUCCUUUGUUGGGGUACUGCGUGGUGGUAGACGAGAAGCUUUUAGUUUACAAGUACAUGUCCAACGGAACUUUGUCUUCGUUGUUGAGUAAACAGUCAAGCUCGUUAGAUUGGCCCGCUAGGUUUAGAAUCGGUCUGGGUGCAGCAAGAGGGCUUGCUUGGCUUCACCAUGGCUGUCGGCCUGCGAUACCGCAUCAAAACAUUAGCUCUAAUGCUAUAUUCGUUGAUGAAGAUUACGAUGCUCGUAUAGUGGAUUUCGGAUUGGCUAGGCUCAUGAACUCUUCCAGUUACAACCCAAACGAGUCUGUUUAUGUAGCUCCUGAGCACUCGAGUACCAUGGUUCCUUCUUUGAAAGGCGAUACUUACAGCUUCGGGGUAGUGCUCUUGGAACUGGCCACUGGGCAGAAACCUAACGUUGUGACAGCCGGGAAGGAAGGGUAUAAGGGUAAUUUAGUGGAUUGGGUAAAUCAGCUCUCAAGCUUGGGACAAAUCGAAAAUGCCAUAGAUAAGAAUAUUCGCGGCACGGGUCAUGAUGAAAAAAUCGUUCGAGUUGUGAAAAUUGCAGGUAACUGCAUUACUACUCAGCCUGAAGCAAGAUGGUCCAUGUACCAGGUUUAUGAAGCAUUGAAGAGUAUGGCAGAAGAAGUAGGUCUAUCUGAACAUCAUGAUGAGUUUCCACUUGUUUUCGACACACAGAGUGAUGUUGUUUGAGCUGUAUAGUAUUAUUACACAAUUUCUUCAAGAACGGCUUAGAAGUCCUAUAUUAUUAUUUGUAGCAUGCAGUUUGGUAAUUUAUGAUUUGUAUCUAUGAUACUACAUUGUUUCCAAUA